AUGCCCACUAUAGACGGGUUCUGCCAUCAUUACGCACUCCGCCGCCAUAAGCAUGAGCAGAAUGCCAAUGAAGGUUCCUUCCGCUGUCGCGAUGACUGGAGGAAAUACAUCGGCCCAAUUGAACGUUGGGGCAGUUGCAAUCCCUACGACGGGCAUUUUGCGACGGUAGUCCUGCCACUGUGCAAGCCUGAGAGAUUAGCACUGGUCUCGUAUAUUUUUGAAUAUGCUUUUCUGUACGACAACGUAGUCGAAUCCGUAUCCAAAGUGCUGUUGGAUGAAGGAACCGACAAUAUAGCCCUGAACGAAACCGAUUACCGCACCGUACGAUCAACAACCGGAACGAAGCAAAUCCAGUCCAAAAUGCUCUUAGAGCUUCUGUCGAUGGACAAGCCUUGCGCUGAAGUCGUGAUUACUGCUUGGAAGGAAAUGGUAGCGUUGACCGCGUUUCGCGAUAAAUCCUGCAUUUUCGACAAUAUUGAAGAUUAUGUGGAAUAUCGAAUUAUUGACACUGGAGCUCCGUUUGUCGAUACCGUGAUGCGAUUUGGCAUGGGCAUCCUCUUGACCGAAGAAGAAGAGAAACGUGUUGCUGCGAUUGUCAAACCAUGCUUUGCGGCUCUUGGGCUUGCUAAUGAUUAUUAUUCUUUCCACAUCGAGUGGGAUGAAUUUCAACAAACAGAUGAUUCCGAUGCGGCCACCAUGACUAAUGCUGUUUGGCUGUAUAUGAAAUGGGAGAAUAUCUCCAUUCAUGAGGCGAAGGAGAAGGUUCGACAAGUCGUGUGUGACUACGAGAUACAAUUUCAACAGCGCAUGGGCGAUUUCAUUGCGAACAAGGAACUAUGCUCUCCUAAGUUACAUGAGUACUUGAGAGCUUUGGCAUUUCAGAUUCCGGGGAAUAUCGUUUGGAGCCUCAGGUGCCCUCGAUACCAUCCCGAGCUCUGUGCUGAGGGUGAAACUCUGUUGCAAGUGGGCGCCGAAGACCAAAAGAGUAUGAAUAUUGAGCAGGAGAGAGAAAACCUGGUCGCAAACUCGGAGCGGUUGGACGACAUCGAAGAUUCUUCGCCUCUUCGGCGUGGAAGCCCUGCUACUCACACUGUCUUUGGCCCUGCAUCGACUAUCAACUGCGCAAAUUUCAUGCUCAUAGACGUCAUGAACGAUGUCCGCAAUCUCGAUGACCCUUAG